AUGUCUCUAUUGAGCUCUUUGAGCUCACUAUUACCACGUCCAAAGCAUACUGCUGAUGCUGUAGAGAUUUCAAGCGAGACCAAAGACCUCAUAGCUGUUAUCAAUGAGUCAGAACUUGUUGACAAUGGUUCAGAGGUCGAUACAGAACAAGUGACCAACAAAAGCGUUAGCCUUGAUGCAUUUUUGCCUUUGAGACAGAAGUUCCCAGAUGUAAAAAUACCACUUCCAAGUAAUAACGAAAUUCGCCACAGUUACGAGCGUACUAAAGCGAUUUUCGAUAAAAUUCUGAGGGAAAAGCUGAAUCCUCAGGGAACCAGUUCCAGAGGCACUUCCAAUGUCCAUCGCAAUACCAAAGCGGUGGAGUACCAUGGUGUACAGAAUGGCACUAGUGGAACAGGAAAUACUUUACAGAUUGUUGAUAGGCAGAUUGAUCCUCUGCAGCCCAACUUGUUCAAAGUCAAAAAAAUGGUUGCUCCGCCCACUGACGAGCCUUUUGCUCCAGUUUUGCACAGUUCCGACGACAAGAACGUUCAACUCACCAAGGAGGAACGCGCUAGGUGGAAUAUCCCAUCAGCCAUAUCGAACUGGAAGAAUCCUAACGGUUACGCAAUUGCACUGGAUAAAAGAGUCGCUGUCGAUGGAAGCUCCAAUAGAGGCUCCGGUGCUGAUCGUCAGAUAAGUGACGGGUUCACAAAGCUCUUUGAAGCCCUGGAUGGCGCGGAAAAGGAGGCCAGACGGGAGGUAAAAUUGAGGCUCGAAGCGAAAAGAAUGUUAGCAGAGCAAGACGGUCGCGAAAAGGAAGAGAAGUUGAGGCUUCUGGCUCUCAAGGCACGCGAAGAGAGAAGAAACUUGGGUAGAAAUCUCUCUUCGUCGAAUGACGAUGAGAGCGAAGAGUUAAGACAUAGAGAAGCCGACAGAAAGCAAAGAAGACUGCAAAUGGAGAAGGAGUUGCGACAAUCCAAAAUGAAUACGGCGAACCGUUUGCGAGCACUGGCCGCCAAGCAAAAUCGUGAAAUCUCGGAAAAAGUAAUCCUGGGUGCGGCCAAGGCCAACGACACGAAGGACAUCCAAUACGACUCGAGGUUUUUCUCAAAGGCCGCGAACGCCAAUGCAACUAGAAGUGGCGAGCAAGUUUACGACAGCCCUCUAUUCGCUCAGGCAGGAAUCAAUACCAUGUACCGUCCUAAUUUUUCGAAUUUGGCGGACGCUCAACGGACAGAUGAUAUCGAACAGUCCUUAGGAAAACAAGUCUACGAUAACAUAAGUGACAAAAGAAGUCGUGAAGGCCCAGUGGAAUUUACGGACGCGGACACCCCAGACAGGGCAAACAUCAAAGACGUCCAGGACAAUGAACUCAAUCCGCCCAAAAAGCAUCGCGCUCAGUGA